AUGUAUUACUUGAUUUGCUUCUUUACAAUCAAUGGAAUUGACAUCGGAGGCUUCCAGAAGUUUCCAGAUACUCCAAUUGGCAACAUUGAAAAACUUAUGCACUUUAAUAAAUAUUGGGAUGCUUAUGAAGCUGCCGGCAAAUUAAUUGGUGACAACUACAAAGCUGCAGAUCCAAAAGCAAUUCGCCUGAGAGCUCAAUGCGCUUUGCAUAUGGGAAUGUCAGAAGAAUCUAAAAAAGAAGCCACCUUCGUUAUUGGCAAUAGGAAGAUUACAGGCGACGAAAAGUUAUUAUGCUAUCAAAUUAGAGCCCGUGCUAACUUGCAACUUGGAAAUUUCAAGGAUGCUUCUGAUGAUGCUCGUAAUUCUCAAAACCAGCGUGUUCAGAGAGAUGUUAGUACGAUGUAUCAAUAUUACCAAGAAUAUCAAAACCAUCUUAAGUAUAAGAAGCUCCAAGAUGCCGCUAGAUACCUCGAUAAAGUUUUAGAAGUUUGCAUCAGCUCCAAUGUCUUAAAACUUGAGAGAGCUAAGCUUGCUUGGGAUCUCAAUGAUUACAAGCGCUUCAAUGAAGUUGCAAAAGAUCUUCCAAAGGCUUUUCCAAACGAUAUGGAAUUACAUUACCAUCUCGGUAUCGUUGCAACAUGCAAUGCCAACCUUGAUGAAGCCUCAAAGCAUUUCGCUGACUCAAUGAAGACAAAAGGAGCUCCAAAGGAAUAUCGUGCUGCAAAAGGCCAUGUUCGAGAAAUGACUCAUGCUUACAUCGCAGCAAAGCGCGCAUUACAAGGUCCAGAUGUUCCAGAAGUCGAAAAACAACUUUCUAAACUUUAUGAUCUCGCAUAUCAGUAUUGCAGCGGCCAAUCAGAGAUUAUCAUGAAUCUCAACCUCAUCAAAUUACAGCUUAUUCGUAAAUCAGAAGAUAAAAACGCUACAAUGGCUUUCCUCAACGAAGCCAUCGCAAAUUACUCGAAUUGCGCCGAUUUCGAGAUCGAACGUGGUGAACUACUUCUAGAGAAUGGUGAAUUUGAUGCCGCCAUCUACGAUUUCCAAUCCGCUCUUCGUAAAAACCGAAAUUUGAAGCGCGCGAACGACGGAUUGAACAAAGCCCAGCAGAAGAAGAGAGAGGCCACGAUGGUCGACUACUACAAGAUCCUCGGAGUCCCACGUUCUGCAACACAAAGCGAAAUCAAGACCGCAUUUAGAAAGGCUACGAUCAAAUGGCAUCCAGACAGACAUCGUGGUGAAGAAGAGAAGAAAGACGCCGAGCAAAUGAUGAAAAAGAUCAACGUUGCUUACGAUAUUUUAUCUGAUCCACAGAAGAAGCAGAUGUAUGAUAACGGAGUUGAUCCUGAACAUCCUGAAUAUAACCAAGGCAAUGGAAUGCAGACAGAAAUCGAUUUGAACGACUUGUUCAACGGAUUUAACUUCUUCCAGGGUGGAGGAGGCGGAGGAAGAAAAAUCUUCUUCCAACAAGGUGGUGGUGGUGGUUUCCAGUUUCAGUUCAACUUUUAA